UUAAGACGAAGAAGAGGGACAAGAUGGCGGCUACCGGUGUGACAGGGCCGCAAGGGGAGCCGGCUAUCGUGAACGGCAGCCUGGACACCGUCAUCGGGUCUGACCUGGACGGGGACCCGCUUUGGACGGCCAGGCUCCUGGCGACCAGGCCAGACGACCUCGUCAAGGCUUACCAGGACUACCUAAGCGUCGGCUGCAACGUGCUGACCACUUGCACGCUGCGAGCGAGCGUCCCGGCGCUGCAGGAGCACCUGUCCGUCAGCGUCUCUGAGGCCGAAGACCUCAUCGCCUCCAGCGUCAGACUGGCGCGUCGGAGCGCGCUCGACAUGCCCCGCAGACUUGGCGCCGAUGACCGAACGCAUAAAAAUAAAGGUGCGCGCGCCUACAAUCUUUUCUGUGGUGAUUAUGGCUUCUUUGUGGUGGUUAUGCUGUCGCUGCAAAGUAUACACACGUCAACGCCUAAAUCGCUUUCCCAAAUUGUGUGCACAGCGGCGUGUAACUCCGAUGCCUCAGCGGUGCGCGUCGCCGGCUCGGUGGGUCCGUACGGCGCGUACCUGUACGACGGCUCCGAGUACAACGGCAGCUACGCGGACCGGCUGUCGGCCGACGAGCUGCGCGACUGGCACCGGCCCCGGGUGCGGUGUCUGGUGCGCGCCGGCGGCUGCGACCUGCUCGCCUUCGAGACGGUGCCCGCACUGCGCGAGGCCCUGGCCCUGGUCAGGCUGCUGCGCGAGUUCCCGGGCGUCAGGGCUUGGCUCAGCUUCAGCUGUCAGAACGAGCGGCUCACGGCUAAGGGCGAGAGCAUCGCCGACGCGGUGCGCGCCUGCCUCGCCGAGGACUCGGCGGGUCAGCUCGCGGCCAUCGGCGUCAACUGCUGCCAGGCACGUCGACGUAUCGACGCGCGCGCGUCCUUCUAUAGGGCCGCGUUAACGAAUGCGAAUAACUUUCUGCAGCAUAUAGGAAUGCUGGCCAGCUCUAUCGCGGCGCACAUGGUGGCACCACUGUUGUCGGGUGUCUGGAAGGCGGGGAGGCCACCGUUGGUCGCUCGGCCCGACGCCGAGUUUCACGAGGUGGGAGUGUUCGGCCAGCCGCCCAAGGACCGCAAGAAGCUGCAGUCGCAGGUGGUCGAGUGGUACGGAGCCGGCGUCAGGUUCUUCGGAGGAUGCUGCGGCACCGGCACCGACCACAUGGCCGCCAUCGUCGAAGCCCUCGCUACGGUCACCGAAGGCGCUGCCAAAAAAGUUCAUUAG